ACCAACGACUUUGGCUAUGGCUACCUUGAAGUGAGCAAGCGGAAGGUGUUUGUGUUUCCUUACCAUGUACUGAACCUGCUGGCUGAAGCGAUGAACUUCAGGCGGCGGGCUGAGUUGGCAGACAGGGAGGACUACAAAACCGGCUACGACUCAUCAAGCAUCCUUGAACACCUUCUUCAGGUUUCAAAGAAGUCAGAUGUCAUGGCAAUGAGACAAAGAGUUCGAGACUUAUCCACCAGAGAUCCUGAUGUACUGAGCAGCAACACAACCAAGCACCUGCAAAAAGAGGCUGACUUGGCAUCGGACAUCCUAAAUAUCCACAGUGACCGUGCUUCAGCUGCUGAUUACAUCCUGCCUCCGAUCGGGGAAACCAAACAAGUGAUCAUGUACAAGAAAGAGGACGAGGACAGGGACCAUCUGCUGAUCCUUCUCCGGCCGUUCCAACUUCACGUUUUUGUUUCAUUUGGUGUGUCUCUGAUCACAUGUAUAAUCUUCUUGUCCGCUAUAAGAAUAACCCACUAUAAGUAUGAAUUCAAUAACAAUAAGAGUCUAACUGUGGCAUGGAUAAUGGAGACUGCUGCAGCUACAGCAUCUGAAAUUCUGGGAGCCACUCUGAAGCAGGGAUCAACCGUUACAUCAUCACAUGAUUCGGAGCGGAUCCUGGCCGCUGGAUGGUGGAUGUUCACAGCCAUUAUCUCAGCUGUCUACUGUGGGACUAUCAUGGCCAUAUUUGUUGUGGAAAGACACAAUCCACCAUUUUCCAACAUGGCCGAGUUGGUAGCAAGACAAGACUACAAAAUAGGAUAUGAUAUAUCAAGCAUCACAGAAAACUUUCUUCAGAAUUCCAGACUGCCAGAUGCCAUGGCAGUUAAACAAAGAGUUCAAGAAUUAUCUACCACAGACCCUGAUGUAUUCAGCAGUAAUGACACCAAGCACCUGCAAAGAGUCUGGAAUGGAAAAUACGCCUACAUAUCUGGCAUGCUACUUACAGCAUUAAGCAAUGCCAACUGCAAACUAAAUGUGAUUGAUACCGAAUUUGGAAACGCUUUCAUUGCAUUCUAUCUUCCAAAGUCUUCCCCUUACAAAAGAGACUUCGAAAAAAGCAUGUCCUAUCUCAGCGACAGCGGCAUCUUGCAGCGCUCCUAUCAAGAAUGGUUCCAUCCCACUUCACAUGACGGGUGUCCAGUGGAGGACUUCCCUAAACCCAUGUCACUGAUCAAGAUCCACAGUAUCUUCUUUGCUGGUGGAGGCGGAGUUGUGUGCAGCUUCGUGAUCCUGGCAGCAGAGAUUCUUUGUAACAUCCAGGUAGAGAACGUGGCGGUGCUGGAACUGCCUUCAAGUCAGACCAACGACUUUGGCUAUGGCUACCUUGAAGUGGGCAAGCGGAAGGUGUUUUGGUUUCCUUACCAUGUACUGAACCUGCUGGCUGAAGCAAAAUGCUGA